AUGUAGUUCUUACUGUACAUUUAUUAUAUAUGCAUUAUUUACUAUACGUAGUUAUAAAAAUCAUGUGUUAUAAACACAUGACGAUGUUAUUUGUCUUCAAAAACUGAUACGAUGCUAGAAAAUUACUGCCAAUACUUGAAUAGUGAUUUAAUAACAUUAAUUCUCUGUAUAAAGAUCUUGAAUAGGAUAAUGUGAAGAAAUUGAUUUUUUUUUUUUAAGAUAAAUAGGAUAGUUAAAAUUUUUAUUUUGUUAAAUAAAACUUGCAAUAAAAGUAUAUAAAAUCGUAAGAACACAAUCGUAAUCAUAUUUUUUGUAUUUAAAAAACUAUAUGACAUGUGUAUCACAUUGUAAAUGUAAAUAUAAUUAAUUUCUAGUGAGUUUACACAUUCAUACGCUCCAUCCAUACAUAUUUAUUCAUUCUACAAACAUAUGAGAAUUUUUUAAUAUUAUACUUUUAUAUUAUUUUCUUAAAGCCAUAUAAGCUAUAAUAGAACGUACUUUUAAUUAAAAUGUUUGAUUGCAAUCAUAAAAUAGAAAAGCAUUAAAAAUUUUAAAGCAGUAUAAUUGGUAUAUAAUAGAUAAAUUAUUAAAAGUUUCAAGAUAUCAUAUUUAGCUUUUUGUUAUCCUAUUUAAACAAAAAAUCGAAUAAAGUAUCGUGAUUAAAACAUUUUUAUAAAUAAUUAUUAAAAUUGACAAGUUAGCAAAUAUAUGCCUUAAUCACGCAUUUUAAUUCGAUCGUAGAUAAAGGUACGUUAUUCUAGCAACGAAUCUGUUAAAUCAAUAUUUGUUCCCUCUACACUUCGACUACAGAUUUCAAUUAAGUGGACAAUUUGUUGAAGUAUUUUAACAUAAACUACAUGAAGUUAACGUAAUCAGGAAUUUGGAAUACAGAAAAUGUGUCUCUGCCUUGGACCAUUCAAAUCAGGCAAAACUUUCCUAAUGAAAAGUCUGCAAGGAGACGAGAUUGACGACGCAACUCAUACUGUGCCCACCAAUGGAAUAAAUAUAUAUACUGUAAAAAAUGAUACUGGCGAAUUCGAUAUGGUGAUUAAAGAAAUUGGCGGCAAUAUGGCACCGAUAUGGAAACAUUAUUUUGAUAAGAUCCACAAAAUAAUUUACGUAGUGGAUACUAGUAAUCUUUGCCAAAUAAGUGCCGCGGGUGUGCUGCUUUAUUCUUUUCUUGUGGAACCAAGAUUGCGGAAUGUGAAAAUCGCGCUCAUCUUGAACAAGAUGGACGUUUCGUAUCGUCAGAUGAGAAACGAAGCCUUGUUGAUGCUACAAUACGCGCGUUUACAAAAAGAAGUGACCCAGAAAAUUACCGUACUGGAGACCAGCGGUAUGACAGGUCAAGGAAUAGAGAGUUUACGCAGCUGGCUGUUCGAUCCCGAAACGUUGCGGGCCACGCUCAAGGCUAAUAAAUAAACAACUAUUGUCACGCAACAAGAGAGAAUGUUACUUUAAAAGGCAUCAUCCUUUUUAUUUACACUGAACUUACAAAGAUACAAAGAUAUUACUCUACAAAUCCUCGAGCAUCCUUAAAAAUAAUCCGUUAAUAUUAAUUGUAUAUCAUUUCUACGUUCGAGUUUUUAAAAAAUACUGCGAUGGAUGCUAACAUGCGA